AAAAAAAAUCAGGAUGCAAAUAUUUCAAAGAUUUUUAUCAUCAUUUUUACCAUUAAUAUUCUAUACAUUUUAUUGUUGGCUAUUAUUUGGUGUUGAUCAUCGUACAAUGAUGCCAAUGAUUGAAAUGAUACCGAUGAUUGAUCAAUCACCAUCAUCAUCGUCAUCAUCAUCGCCACCAGAAUUACGUUAUGAAAAUUUAUUCUAUAGCUGCCAAUCAAAAGGAAUAUUAAAACGUAUGGGACAAUUUGGUAAUAGUGGUGGUGGCGCCAGUGGUGGUGCCGGUGGUGGCGCUGGUGGUGGCAGUACCCUUUGUAAUCGUACUAGAUUAAGUGAAGAAUUACAAACUUAUAUUCAAUAUUCAAUUUGUUUGGUUUAUAAUCAAUUACCUAUUGAAUCAAUAUAUAGACAAAUUUUUGAAAAAAUGACACAACAUUUAAAUCGUCUAAGUUCGAUGCAAGAAAAUUAUGCAAUUGGAAAUGACACUAUGAAUGGUGGUGGCCCACAACAACAACAACAACAACAACAACAUCAUCAACAACAAUUAUAUAAUCAUUUACAUGAAAGUGAACGUAAACAAAGAAAAUUAAAACAAUUAAACAAAUUAGAACGUUUAGAACAGGUGCUACAUCAUUUAAAAGAGGAUAUUAUCAAAAAAUUAAUUUAUAUUGCACGUUGUGCAAAUUUUGAACACGAAUGUCAACAAUUAAAAACACAUACAACCAAUAAUGGCCUGACUGAUACGGCUGUAUUGUCACGUUUUCAUCAACGUUAUCGUUCUGUAUUAAGAAAUUAUAUUGAAGAUUUAAAAAAUUCAUUAUCAUUAAUAUAUCAUGCAAAAGGUAGUGAUGAUAAUGCUGAUGAAAUUACUAAUAGAUGUUAAUCGAUAAACAACAACAACAACAACAACAACGACGACAAUAUCGACGGUCAAAAUAAUAUAGUCAACAAAAUAUUGAUUGUAUACACACAAUUUUUGAUUUUAAUUCAUUCACAUCAUUUUUUUUUGUCUGUCUGUUUGUUUGAAUAAAACACAACAUCAUUUCCCACCGGAUUCGAAUCAAAUCGAUAAUCGAUAAUCGAUAAUCAAUCAAUCUGAUGAAAUCAUCAUAAAUUCUGGAUAUUCCUUAAUUUUUUUCUGAACAUUCCUAAAUCAUAUCAUGAACAACCAUUUUCAUCAACCAAAUCAUCAUCAUCAUCAUUGUUAUUGUCAUUCUUUUUACCUUAAUGAUUUAUUAUCUCCUAUUUAAUUAAUUGUUGUUAAUGCUGCUUACCUGUUAAAUUAUUAUUCAUCACACACACACACAUGCACUGUUUUUUUUUCAUUUUCUCUUCAUUUUGAAAUUCAAUUUUUUUUCUCUCUCUCUCUCUCAUAAUCCUGUUUACAUACCAUUCAUCAUUGUAAUACACCCAGCAUGUACACACCCAUCCACAUAGAGAGAUAAUAGAUCUACGAAUAUUCAUCAUUCGUUGUUUAGCCGGGACUAAAAAAUGAAUAUAAUUGAUUGAUUGAACAACAAAACAAAAACAAAACAAACAAGCUACAUCACCCUUUUUUUCUGAACGAAACUAUCGAUAUUUGUCAUAUUCUCAUCAUCAUCAUCUGGUUUAUCUUCAAAACAACAACAUUACACACAUUCUCAUUAUUCUCACACGCACAAA